AAUUGCUUUGAGAAAAGCCAUGGUUCAUAAGGACAAAACCUACAAUGCUAUGGGACAUGCUAUGAUGGACAAGUUCAACAAAUAUUGGGAAGAACCAAACAAUGUCAUGGUUCUUGCCACUUUCCUGGAUCCAAGGUACAAAAUGAAGUACGUGGAUUGGUGCUUUGGGCAGAUCUAUGAUGAGGAUAAGGCUGAAACUGAGUUGUCUGCAUUCAAGAAAGAUUUGGACAAGUUGUAUGAGAAAUUUGAUUCUCAAAAGAGGCAAGCUGAACCUCAAUGCAAGAAUACUUGCAAUACAAGUACCUCAAUGCCACCUGCAGAUUCUGAGUUUCUCUCAUUCUUAUCAUCCACUUCUACAAAACGAUCUAAGAGUGAAUUGAGAAACUAUACGGAUGAUGCAAAUGAGGGUAUGGUUGCCACUUUCAAUCUGCUAGAGUGGUGGAAGGUGAAUGCACUUAGGUAUCCUGUGUUGGCAAACAUGGCAAGAAGAUUCUUAACUAUCCCUGCUAGCUCGGUGUCUUCUGAAUCCAGUUUUAGCACCGGUGGAAGAAUUCUGGAUGAUUAUCGAAGCUCUCUAAAACCAUACAUGGUGGAGGCCUUGGUGUGUGGCGGAAGCUAUAUCAAGGGUGCGCACAAAGACUUAAAUGUGUUGGAUGUGGAAGAAGAUGAUGAGGAGGAGGAUGUGGAGAAGGUCAAAUUGCCUAAAAGUGUGGCAGAUUGCAACUACUAGAUACAUUGUAGGGAGAAGACCAUCAAGAUGCAUUUGUUAAAUUUGCACAUGGAAGUAAAUCAAGCAAUGGAUCUAUAUUGGUCGUCACCCUUGAAUGAUGGAGUUCUUGCAUGGCUUAUGUUGCCUGAACUUUAGAUGUGACAUAUGUCAACUUCUCAACCUUGGAC